GACCUGGGAUGCAUCUCCACCACUCUGCCCAAAGCCAUGGCCAAUUCCCUCUGGGACACCAGGGCCAUCUCCUACACAGGAUGUGCUGCACAGGUCUUUUUCUUCUUCUUUUUGUUUUCAGCAGAGUAUUUCCUUCUCACCAUCAUGUCCUACGAUCGCUACAUUGCCAUCUGCAAGCCCCUGCACUACGGGAGCCUCCUGGGCAGCAGAGCUUGUGCCCAGAUGGCAGCAGCUGCCUGGGGCAGUGGGGUUUUCUAUGCUCUGCUGCACACGGCCAAUACGUUUUCCCUGCCCCUCUGCCAAGGCAAUGCUGUGGAUCAGUUCUUCUGUGAAGUUCCCCAGAUCCUUAAGCUCUCCUGCAGAGACUCCUAUCUCAGGGAAGUUGGAUUUCUCAUGUUCAGUGCUUUUUUGGGGUUUGGCUGUUUUGUUUUCAUCAUGCUGUCCUAUGUGCAGAUCUUCAUGGCAGUGCUGAGGAUGCCCUCUGAGCAGGGCCAGCACAAAACCUUCUCCACAUGCCUUCCUCACCUGUUUGUGGUCUCCCUGUUUCUCAGCACUGUCAUAUUUGGCUACGUGAAGCCCCCCUCCCUCUCCUCCCCAUCCCUGGAUCUGGUGGUGGCAGUUCUGUACUCGGUGGUGCCUCCAGUAGUGAACCCCCUCAUCUACAGCAUAAGAAAGAAAGAGCUCAGAGGUGCUGUUAGAAAAGGGAAGUCACGCUUGACCAGCCUGAUAGCCUUUUAUGAGGAUAUAACUGGGUGGACAGAUGAUGGUAAAGCAGUGGACGUGGUUUAUCUUGACUUCAGUAAAGCCUUUGACACCGUCUCCCACAGCAUCCUCGCAGCUAAACUGAGGAAGUGUGUUCCGGACGAUCAGGUGGUGAGGUGGACUGUGAACUGGCUGAAGGGAAGAAGCCAGACAGUUGUGGUUAAUGGGAUGGAGUCUAGCUGGAGGCCUGUAUCUACUGGAGUCCUUCAAGGUUGGUACUGUGACCAGUACUAUUCAAUAUAUUCAUCAACAACUUGGAUGAGGAAAUGGAGCGCAUUGUCAGCAAGUUUGCUGCUGACACUAAACUGGGAGGAGCGGCUGACGUGCCACAAGGCUGUGCUGCCAUCCAGUGACACCUAG